AUGACAUCGCGUAGGCCACCGGCAGCGGGGCGGCGGGAUAACAAAACGAUCCCGGAAUCGCUAAGCAACAAGCUGUUGCGCUCGCGUGAACUCCUGCAGGGGGAUAUGAAUACGGAGGCCGCAGUGGCCGCGUCGGUUUCCGCAUGGGGCUCGCGGCUGCCAUGCGUCAAAGAAGAGCCCGUGCCGAAUGACGCGCUGACUGCUCUACUGAACGCACCAUCUUCAACGACUUUUAAGACGGUGUCUCUGUAUAAUCACAUGGGUGUGGGCUGUCAAUUGAAUGCGCACGACACCUUGACGCUCGCCGACAAGAAAUAUCUGGGGGGCGCGGUUGUCGAUUUCCAUAACAUCUGGGACUACGGAGUGUACAUGUGCCAGUAUCUCGAAGCUCUAGUGACAUCUGGGUUCAUAACCGUGAGAGAGUACAUAUCGUUCAAGGGCGUGAGCGCUGAGAGGUACCGCCACAAGAUGUGUGGGAAACUUUGUUCUCAUGCCGAGGGAACGCUGAUUCCCGAGCUGCAGCGCCAGGGUCUCCGCAUACCUCUGCAGCCUGUUCACGUUAUCGGCGACAACGCAUACAUAUGCGUCGACCUUCCUAUGGACAUCCGAAGAGUGCUGCUAGACCACAAGGAGAAGUUCGCUGUAAUUAAGCACGACAUACAGGUUAUGACGGCCAAGAUCGAGUAUCUGGCCAUCCGCAAAGGCGUGACGUCGGACGAGCUGGACGGAGGGGCGCGCCAACACCUGGGUGCCGUGGUCGACACGAUGGUGCCGACGGCGACUCUACGCAAGCACGCGAAAGCAGAAACCACCGCGGACGGAAGUGGCCAGAUGAAGGUCGUGCGGAAUCCUCCGAUGCGUGCACUGGCGGCAGUGCCAUCAAUCUCUCCCUGUCAUGCACCUCACACACCUGCCGUGAAAGAUAGCCAAGUUACUGCCGGCAACGCGACACCUGCUAUGGUCAGGCAACAACAGCGCGACCAUCUUGCACUGGCUUUGCGCAGCCGCGCUACGACUCCCGUGCCCGCAGCUCCAGGUAACCCCGGAAGGGUCGCAAGCAGCGGCCAAACGGGAGUUAUGUGGAACGCAACGAAGCAGAGGUACUACGUCCGGAUCAUAUCUGCUCGCCGUCAGCAGGUUCGUCUGGGGUCGUACGAGGACAAGGACGAGGCGUCAUACGCGUAUGCUGCGGGAGCCGUUGUACUUCGCCCGAACUCACGCAUCAGCUGCACAGUGGAGCUGUCUGACGGUGACAGGCAGGCUUUAGCCGGCUGCACUGAGGAGAUCCUAAGGCUACUCGUGAAGUACAGGCGCUGGAACAGAUGGAGGGAGUGGAGAGCCGCAAUGGCUGGCCUUGACGAUGCGCAGCCGGUCGAGACCUGUUCACGGCGAAAGGGCAGAGUGUCCCGGGCCAUUAGUGACGUUGAGGAGGUGGAGGUGACCACGCAAACUACAGAGGACCAGCCUAUGGCUGAAGAGCCUGAGGACCCACCAGAGGACUACACGGAUGAAGAUGAGUCCGUUGACGAUGAUGCUGUAUAUGAACCGGGAAACGAUGAUUUCGACGAAGAAGAUGACUGGGAGGAGGUCAACCGUGCAGAGGGUGAUGCCUGA